UAUAUAGCACCAGGAAGAGAAUUUUCUGAAAGUCCUAGACCCACUGCUGUCUUCCGUGACACAAAUCCACUCAUGAUACUGCUUGCUUAUGAAAAGGGACGUUAUUGGAGAACAUAUGUUCAGCAUGGCACAUAUAUUCAAGACACUCGAGAGCUGGUUCUGGUGGGAAACCAUGUGGAUGCCUGCCAAUGUCACAUGGGCAGAUUUUGAAGACUGUGAUGGCUAUGUCUUUCCAAAGCCACAUCAGUUAUAUGCUAUUCUACCCUUCACGCUUGUUUUGCUGAUUAUCCGAUUCUUCAUUGAAAAAUACGUUGCCCUGCCACUAGCCAAAGUUUUAGAUGUAAAGAGUGUAAGACGGGUGAAGCUUCAGCCCAACUCUGUUUUAGAGGCUUAUUUCCAAAGCUGCACAAGACAUCCAUCCCAAUCAGAGAUGCUGCGCCUGGCCAAAAAGUGUGAUUGGACAGAUCACCUGGUACAAAAGUGGUUCAAGAGGCGGCGAAAUCUUGAGAUCCCAACGAUGGUGCAAAAAUUUAAGGAGUCCUGCUGGCGAUUUACAUUUCAUAUUUCAUCGUCCAUUGCUGGAGCUAUAUUUCUAUAUGAUAAACCUUGGUUUUAUGACAUCUGGCAAGUGUGGGUCAGCUACCCAUAUCAGUCCUUGCUGCCAUUCCAGUAUUGGUACUAUAUGACUGAGAUAAGUUUUUACUGUUCGCUGUUGUGUACCCUUGGUAUAGACAACAAAAGGAAGGAUUUUAUGGCCCAAGUCGUUCACCAUCUGAUUGCCGUUGGUUUGAUGAGCUGGUCAUGGUGUGGCAAUUACGUUCGUAUUGGGAUGCUGGUGAUAUUCAUACACGAUGCUUCAGACUUCUGGCUCGAGGCAGCCAAAAUGUUUAAUUAUGCCCGGUGGGAGAGAACCUGCAAUGUCCUCUUCAUCAUUUUUUCUGUGAUGUUUUUUGUCACACGAAUCAUCCUUUUCCCCUUUUGGAUCCUGCGUGCUACAAUCGUUCUGCCCCUUUACUACUCCACAACUCCAGUCAUAGUAUAUUUCCUCUUCAAUGGACAGCUACUGGUCCUGCAGGGCCUACAUCUUUACUGGGGCAGCUUAAUUUUGAACGUAUUGAGAAAAUUCAUUUUCGUACACCACUUGAAAGAUGACCGGAGCGAUGAAGAGGAGGAAGACUCCCUCUCUGAUACUGAAGAGAAGCAUGUGAAGAAUGGCAGCAAAAACGGCUGUGGCCUAAGGAAGAGUUGCUACCUGAAGAACAAUAAUCAUUAGACCCACACCUGCAUCACAUCCUGCAGUAUCACUUGUCAUGUCCUAAACCCAACCUACAGUACAGAAAGGAAAGUCAACACCCUAUGAGAGUCCAAGAUUGAUUUAUUGCUAGUUACUAGACCUGGAAAGAAGCCCAGUGUAGAGCGGGUGGUGGUGGGAGAUUUGCUUAAUAAGACAAAAUGCGUUAAUGGCCUACUUUCUUAAGUCACUGCAUAUUAGUGUGUGAAAAACAUCUCUCAAAUGUGCUAAUCAUUCCACUCUUAAAAUGCUCAAGGAUUUCAGUGCUCUUAGAGCAAGUGAAGUCUAAUUGGCUCUAACAUAAUUUUCAAGUCUGGCAGAAAUAGGGCAGUUUUACCAAAAGCCUUUAAUGCUCUUUCCACAUAAGUUUGGAAGUGUGGAAUUAAUAUGAGUUCUACUAAAAAUCAGAAUUGCUUUGUUUAAGAGAGAGGUGACAUCAGGGUGCAUUAACAGGCAUGUUAAUCAUCUUAUUUGAGUUCAAGCAUUUAGCAUUGGCUGCUACCCAUGAAUCAGAGCAUACUUCUUGAUGGCUGGUCCAAGCUAGCAUUGAGUCACUGGAGUUGUUGGUGCUUCCAUGAAUCAUUUGCUUCACUUAAAGAAGCAAGGAGUUUAAACCCCCCACUCAAAGGCUGCGUCUACGUAGCACAAGGCAGUGUUGUGCAUAGAUACCCAAGUUAGCUCUGAACAAGUUACCCUAGGUACUGAAAGCACAAUAGCUGGGUUAACAUGGUGUUACUUUUCAACAAGACUAACUAGUUGGCUCAAAUAUCUCAUCACAGCACUACCUUGUGCAUGUGGAUAUACUCAAGUUGGCAUUAUCUCAUGCAGACAAUCACUCCAGCCUUUGCCUAUCUUAAAUCUUUUGCUCUUUUUUUUUUGAGGGGGGGGAAAGGGAGGGAUUAAAGAAAGUAAUAGUGAAGAAAAAACAACCAACACCCAUCUUCCAUCAGGCCCAGGUUUCUAUAACUCCAGCCACUCUGGGUUUAUGCCUGAUUAUAGAACUGGGAUCCUCGUUGGUGGGGCAUAGGGGAAGAUUUCCCAGCAACAGGCAUCCAGGCUAAUUCUUGUAAGUUUAUCAGAAAGUGCAGAAUUCAACAGCUUACUUGGCUAAUGAGGGCUUGCACAGAGUGAGCCCUUUACAACUGCUGGCUGCAGGCCACUUUUCAAAUGAAGUUUCAGCUGUGUUUGAUCCAUCAAGGCCAAAAUGAUUUGGGCUUCAGCUUUUGAAGGGAGCGUCUGCUCAAGAGAUUCAUCAGGCGCCAAGGUCGUCUGAUGCACUCUAUCAUCUGGCAGAGACAAGAACAGUCAUCAGCAGAGUGGCCUGAGUUAGUGACCUUUGCCUUUGAAACCUGUUGUCCUCCCCCCUCAUCUGAAUCUCAGGACCUAUUUGCUCCGGUUUCUUCUGGAAGAGGGGAAGCGUGAUGAAGGGCCAGAGGAUUUGCUGGGAUGGGAAACAAUGCUGGGGACCUGGGCUGUGAAGCAGAAUGUGUUUUGUGUAGUUGUCGUAAGUGAUGGGAGUAUGCUAUUAUGGGGUGGAAAUGUGCAGAUGUCUGUAUAUAACCUUUGACUGAUUUAAACUGUACUGUGUUUAAUUUUUUUUGUACCGUGCCAUGUGCAAUGGAUGAUGCUUUACUAUAAAUACAUUAAUACAAUGACACCAGGAAAGGAAUCUGGCAUAGAACGUUUUG